GCCGUCGCCGACGGCGCCCUGCUCGAACUCCUCUCCCCGGCGUGGCGCAUCUUACUCCUCUCGGACGGAUCGGUGACGCGCCACCUUCGCCUGCUCUGCCCGAGGUUGCGGCAGACUCGACUGGAGUGCCUGCGGCAGGGGCCGGUGCCGUCGCCGUCGCAGGUUGGCGCGCCGGCGGUAACGCUGGGCAUGCCCGACGACUGCGAUCUCAUCGUCGGGCCCAUGGUCCAGAGGGAGGUACUCCUGCACAUCUCGCGAGGGGAUUUCUUCGCGGAUGACCAUUACCUCGACGCCGAGCUCAACGACGGCGAGCUCGCGAAGGACGGGGACGUGCCGAUGGUGUACGCGGCGUCGUGGUGGUCGGAGGAUAAUUUUCGUAAAUACAUGGUGGACGGUUCGAGCCCGAUGUGGAGCAACUUGAGGCAAGGGAACGUGGAGCUGUACAGGGAGGUGCGGAGGGUGUACAUGGGCGACAACGAGGAGCUCGCGUCAAUCUUCGGCUGCGACGGGCCCUUCUGGGGGCGGCACUACAUAUUCUGGCACGAUCAGAAGCCCAUGACGGUGGUGUACGAGGUUUUCAACCCCGCGCUCGAGCGGCAGCUCGGGCCC